GUGUGUGUGUAUGUGUGUGUGUUAGUAGAAUAGAAUGGCCGGAGCGCCGCGGUGUUGUUCUCCGGUCCGGACCCGCAGCUCCCCGCACUCCGCCCGGUCAGCGCUCAGACACAGCGCCCGAUGAUCCGGCGGGUCUAGAGCGGGUUUACAGCGGGAUUAGAGCGGGUUUACCGGUCGGUUCUGGUUCCGGAGAGCCGGGUUUUAUCAGCUGGAUCCUCGCUUUGUUUAUAAGGUUGUGACGCUGUGAUUAUCAGGAUGGCGCUGCUGCGACAGUUCAGCCUCCUUCUCUGGAAGAAUUACCUGCAGCAGAAGCGUCAGAUCUUGGUCACGAUUGUGGAGAUCGCCUUGCCCCUCCUCUUCUCCGCCAUCCUGAUCUACCUGCGUCAGAUAGUGCCCUUCACCAACUACCCCAACGCCACGCACUUCAGGAGCUUCACUCCCGAGAACCUGCCUUUAGACCUCUAUGGCCUGCAGCUGGCGUACGUUCCCGCCAACUCCAGCGUGGUGCGACAGGUGGCGCAGGACGUGCAGCUCAGUCAGAUGAAGGGUUUCAUCAGCGCUGUGCGUGGAUUUGAGACUGAGGAGAAGUUUGAGCAGUUUGUAAAGACAGAUCCUGAAUCAGAGAAGAUCCUGGCGGCAGUGGUGUUUGAGCAUUCCUUCACUCAUGAUGAUGAACCUCUCCCACUGCAGGUCAGCUAUCACCUGCGCUUUACCUACAGCCCCAGAAACGCUCCCGCCAGGGAGAAAUUCGAGCUGAAUCCCAACAAUGACCUGGACUGGCACACGCUCAGCCUUUUCCCACUCUUCCAGCUGCCUGGACCUCGAGAGCAGCAUGAUAUCAAAGGAGGCACUCCAGGUUACUACAGGGAGGGCUUCCUGGCGAUUCAGCACGCCGUGAACCGAGCCAUCAUGAAGGCGUAUAACAGGACGGCAGCGUCGACCCUCCUCACCCAGACCCGAGUGCUGCUCUCCCGCUUCCCGUACCCAGCCUUCAUCUACGACGUCUUCAUUCUGGCCAUUCAGAACCAGCUGCCCCUGCUGCUGGUGCUCAGCUUCACCUACACCUCCCUCAACAUCGUCCGCGCCGUGGUGCAGGAGAAGGAGCGGAAGCUCAAGGAGUACAUGCGUAUGAUGGGUCUCAGUAACUGGCUGCACUGGAGUGCCUGGUUCCUCAUGUUCUUCCUCUUCCUCUCCAUUUCCAUCAUCUUCGUCACAGUGCUGCUGUGUGUUUGGGUGAGUCCAAACGGAGCGGUUCUGACCUACAGUGACCCCUCUCUCGUAUUCGUCUUCCUGCUGGUCUUCGCCGUGUCCACCAUCAGCUUCAGCUUCAUGAUCAGCUCCUUCUUCUCCAGAGCGAAUGUAGGCGCAGCAGCCGGCGGCUUCAUCUACUUCUUCAGCUACCUGCCGUACCUGUUCCUGUGGCCCCGCUACGACCUGCUGUCUCACUCUCAGAAGGUCUCCGCCUGUCUCAUCUCCAACGUGGCCAUGGCUAUGGGAGCCCAGCUUAUCGGGAUGUUUGAGGGCAAAGGUACUGGGAUCCAGUGGAGUAACCUGUUUGAUUCGGUAACUGUGGACGAUGAUUUCUCGAUAGCUCAGGUUCUGGGUCUGCUGCUGCUGGACACGCUGCUGUACGGUCUGGUGGCCUGGUAUGUGGAGGCUGUGUUCCCUGGGGAGUACGGGAUGCCACGCCCAUGGUACUUUUUUGUGCUGCCCUCGUACUGGUGCAGCAGCCCCCGCGUGGCUCUGGUGAUGGAGAAGGAGGAAGAGGAGGAUGCAGAGAAAGCGCUGAAGGGAGAGUUUAUAGAAGAAGAGCCGACUGGACUGGUGUCCGGAGUCAAGAUCAAACACCUAGCCAAGGUUUUUAAAGUGGGCAAUAAGUCCAAAAAAGCGGUGAAGGAUCUCACUGUGAACAUGUUUGAAGGCCAAAUCACUGUGCUGCUGGGACAUAACGGAGCCGGGAAGACCACUACACUGUCCAUGCUGACUGGCUUGUUUCCUCCCAGUAGUGGCCGAGCCUAUAUUAAUGGGUAUGAUAUCUGCCAGGACAUGGCGUUAAUCCGCCGCAGUCUGGGUCUGUGUCCUCAGCAUGAUGUGCUUUUCGACAACCUGACCGUUCGAGAACACCUGCUCUUCUACACCCAGUUAAAGGGCUAUCCCCGCAGUAAAAUUCCGGAUGAGGUGGAUCGGAUUAUUCGAGUCCUGAACCUGGAGGACAAGAGGAACGCCCAGUCCAAGACUCUCUCUGGUGGGAUGAAGCGAAAGCUCUCCAUUGGAAUCGCCCUCAUAGGAGACUCAAAGGUGGUAAUGCUGGAUGAGCCGACCUCAGGUAUGGAUCCGUCAGCUCGACGGGCCACGUGGGACCUGCUGCAGGGCGAGAAACGCGGCCGCACCAUCCUUCUCACCACACACUUCAUGGACGAGGCAGACCUGCUGGGCGAUCGCAUCGCCAUCAUGGCGGGAGGGGAGCUCCAGUGCUGCGGCUCGCCGCUCUUCCUCAAGAACAAAUACGGUGCUGGAUAUCACAUGGUGAUAGUAAAGGACGCUCUGUGUAACGUAUCAGAGAUCACACGCCUCGUCCACAUGUACGUCCCCAACGCCUCCCUGGAGAGCAGCGCCGGCGCCGAACUCUCCUACAUCCUGCCUAAAGAGAGCACCAGCAAGUUUGAGCUGCUUUUUGCUGAGUUGGAGAUGAACAGAGAGGAGCUGGGCAUCGCGAGCUAUGGAGCUUCUGUGACCACCAUGGAGGAAGUGUUCCUCAGAGUGGGGAAGCUGGUGGACUCCAGUCUGGAUAUUCAGGCCAUUCAGCUCCCAGCCCUCCAGUACCAGCACGAGCGCAGGUCACAUGACUGGACGGUGGACGACACCAGCAGCACUAGCGGUCUGACUGACGUGACGGAUUUCACAGAUAGCGGCACGCUCAUCUCCGAGGACUGUUCCAACAUCAAACUCAACACAGGGGCUAAGCUGUACAUGCAGCAGUUCUACGCCAUGUUCCUGAAGAGGGCGCUGUACAGCUGGAGGAACUGGAAGGUGAUGGUGGCUCAGUUUUUGGUGCCGCUUAUCUUCACCGUCGUGGCCUUGGUGGUGGCCCGUUUCCUGCCUGACCACCAGAACGCGCCUCAGCUUCGUCUAGCCCUCGGCCGAUACGGCCCCACCACAGUGCCUGUAGCUCUGGAUGCCGAUGCGGGGCCCCUGGCUGUGGCCCUCGCCGAGGCCUACGCUGCACAGCUUCCUGCCCAGAGUGCCACGCCCACUACCAACCUAACAGAUUUAGCGGAGUAUGUUCUGUAUAACGCCCUGCGGGAGGGCGGAGCCUUUAAUGAGCACUGCGUAGUGGGAGCGUCUUUUCGAGGCCAAACCAGCAGAUUUGCUGAAAUCACCGCCUACUUCAACAACCAGGGCUACCACACCCCCGCCACCGCCCUCAUGCUGGUGGACAACGCCCUCUACAGGCAGCUGGCCGGACCCAACGCCUCCAUCCAGACCGGAAACUACCCCAUGCCUCGAAACAUGUCCGAGGCAGCGCAGAGCCAGCUGUCCGAGAGUAAGACUGGCUUUGCGGUAGCGAUUAAUCUGAUGUACGGUAUGGCGUCUCUGGCCAGUACGUUUGCUCUGCUGCUGGUGAGCGAGCGCUCAGUGAAGUCCAAGCACGUCCAGCAAGUCAGCGGCGUCUACCUCUCCAACUUCUGGUUCUCUGCCUUAAUCUGGGACCUGAUCAACUUCCUGCUGCCUUGUCUGCUCAUGCUGGUGGUGUUCCGGGCGUUUGCUGUGAAGGCGUUUGUGGAUCAGAAUCACCUGGUGGACGUGUUGUUUCUGCUGCUGCUGUACGGCUGGGCCGUGAUCCCCCUCAUGUAUCUGCUCAGCUUCCUGUUUUCCAGCGCUGCCACUGCCUACACCCGCCUCACCAUCUUCAACAUCAUCAGCGGCACCGCCUCCUUCCUCGCCGUCACCAUCAUGUCCAUCCCAGAUCUGAAACUGCAGCAUCUCUCCUUCAUACUGGAUAAAGUCUUCCUGCUGUUCCCCAACUACUGCCUGGGCAUGUCCUUCAACCAGUUCUACCAGAACUACGAGACCAUCAGUUUCUGCACCAUCAACUUCUUCACCAAAGAUAUCUGCCAGCAUCUCAAUAUCACGUAUCAGCUGGAUUAUUUCUCAGUGGAUGAGCCGGGCGUGGGGCGCUUCCUGAUCGCCAUGGCCCUGCAGGGUCUGGUCUUCCUCAGCCUCCUCUUCAUCAUCGAGCUGCAGUUCAUCCGAACCUUUCUCAACCUGUGCAGGAUCCGCAGGAAGCAUGUGCUGGUUCUGGAUGAGCCUCUGCAGCAUGAGGAUCGGGACGUGGCUGAUGAGAGGAAGAGGGUACUGGAGUGUCAGCCGAUGGUGGAGUCUAUGGUGGGAAGCCCCCUCAUCCUUCAGGAGCUCACCAAGGUAUACCCGGGCUCUAUGCGGGCGGUGGACUGUCUCUCUCUGGCCGUGGGGAAGGGCGAGUGUUUCGGUCUGCUGGGGUUUAAUGGAGCGGGGAAGACCACCACCUUCAAAAUGCUGACUGGAGAUGAGCGUGUGACUGCAGGAGACGCCUUCAUCGACGGAUACAGUAUCCUCAGAGACAUCAAGAAGGUGCAGCAGCGGAUCGGGUACUGCCCGCAGUUCGAUGCCGUGCUGGAUCACAUGACCGGGCGGGAGACUCUGAGCAUGUAUGCCAGGCUGAGGGGCAUCCCGGAGAAGUACGUGUCUUCCUGUGUGGAGAACGUGCUGCGCUCACUGCUGCUGGAACCCCACGCUGAUAAACUGGUCCGCAGUUACAGUGGGGGUAACAAGAGGAAGCUGAGUGCAGGCAUGGCUCUGAUUGGUGGGCCGCCGGUCAUCUUCCUGGAUGAGCCGUCCACUGGUAUGGACCCGGUGGCCAGACGCCUGCUGUGGGAUGCAGUUACGCGCACCAGAGAGUCCGGCAAAGCUAUAGUUAUAACAUCACACAGUAUGGAGGAGUGUGAAGCCCUGUGCACUAGGCUGGCUGUGAUGGUGAACGGACAGUUUAAGUGUUUGGGAAGUCCUCAGCAUCUGAAGAGCAAGUUUGGCAGCGGCUACACGCUGUUGGCCAAAGUUCACACAGAGCCGGAUUUAGAGGAGAUGGACAUCCAGCUCUUUAAAGACUUCAUCGAGAGCACCUUCCCUGGAAGUGUGCUUAAAGAUGAACACCAGGGGAUGGUACACUACCACUUGACUGACAAGAUGCUGACCUGGGCUCAGGUGUUCGGGACGCUGGAGGCGGCUAAGGAGAAGUACAGUAUCGAGGACUACUGCGUGAGUCAGAUUUCUCUGGAGCAGGUUUUCCUCAGCUUCGCUCAGUUCCGGCACUGCUCGGAGUUCCAGAAAAAACAGUGAGGGGGCGGAGCUUCCUCCUCGGGGUUUGAUUUCCUCACUUCUGCCUUUUUUACGAGGGUCGAGGCUCGUCCUGCAGACGCGCUCGGAGUCCCGGAGCUCCGCCCCCUCGCCGUCUUAUUCACACAGAAACACAGGUAUUAACCACUGGAGCGGGGGUCCGGACUGAGCAUGUGCAGUACAGUACAGUGAGUGUGUGUGUGUGUUUGUGUAACUCGUGUGUCAGCCAUUCCAACAGUGUGUGAGUGUUUGUUUGAAUGAGUGUGUGUGUGUGUGUGUGUGUGGCUGCCGGGUGCGCAGGGUGCAUCACCCGAGUUCUACAGUGCGUCUUUAAUGUGUCGCACCUUUUUUGUGCUUUCAGUUUUAAAAACUGGAAGUUGUGCGUGCACUGUUGCACUGUUGCACGGUUACGCCUGGAGAUCCGUGCUUUCUGCGUCGUGCAUCAUUAUCAUUAACUACCACAGACUGUGUGAUGCUCACCAGUGUGUGUGUGUGUGUGUGCGAGCUCAAGAUGAGUCUGUUUUCUUCUUUUCUUGUUUUUUUUUUUACCGAUUUUCUGUCUUUUCUGUCUUUUUUUUUGUCUUUUACUGUGUUUCUAAAAGUUGAGGGUCAUCAGAUUCAUCAAACGAGCUUAAAGACGUUCCGAAAGUACAGAAAACAUGUAGGAAAAAAGAGUAAAACAUGAGUAAAGAAGAAGAAACAAGUCUGUUAUCUUUGUAAAACGAUAGGAAAUGUAAUAAAACAUAAUCUCCUAUAUAUCGAAAAAAACAGCUGAAUUAAUAUUGCUGUUAAUUUCAAAAGACUGAGUGUAAAAGCAGUUUUAGAGCUGUUUUUUUGCCUUUCUGACAAAAAGGGAAAUUCUUAUUUCAUUUAUUUCAUUUGUUUCAUUCCAUUCUCUUGAUGAAAAUAUGCAUCUGUAAAAUGUGUUGUGUUUUUGUUCAUCCACAGUAUAGUGUGUGUAUUGCACAGACAAUAAUAUUAAGAAUAUUAAUAAUAAUAUUAAUUAUUAUUCAUUGGAAUUAACAAUUAUCCAAAGAAGAAAUUCAUUCAUUUCUAAUGUCAUUAGUUUCAGAGAGAGUUUAAAAAGUUAAAUGAGUAAAUAGAGUAAAUCUCUGGUCCAGUAAUGAAUGUUACCUUUUGCCUUUUUAUUUUAUUAUAUUUUAUUCAUAUUUUCUUUGCAUUCUCCUCUGGGGAGUUUUUCUUAAAGCAUCAUUGUUGCACAAAGGUUAUAAAAGUGCAAUAUAGACCUUAAAGCCUGAAAUUUACUUCAUGCAUAGACGUGAACACAUCCCAUAGUAAACUCAACCUGCGUCCUCAUGUUACUCAAUACAAUACAUUUCUUUAUUUAAUUUAUUUUCUACAGUGUAGAUUAUUAUUAUUAUCAAAGACAUGAACAUGAUUAAACGACAUACAGCUCUGGAAAAAAAAAGAGACCAAUUUUUUAGUUUCUGAAUCAGUUUCUCUGAUUUUGUUAUUUAUAGGUUUAUGUUUGAGUAAAAUGAUUUGUUGUUUUAUUCUAUAAACUACAGACAACAUUUCUCCCAAAUUCCAAAUUCAUUUAGAGCAUUUAUUUGCAGAAAAUGAGAAAUGGCUGAAAUAACAAAAAAGAUGCAGAGCUUUCAGACCUCAAAUAAUGCAAAAAGAAGUUUAAAGAGUUCAGAAAUCAAUAUUUGGUGAAAUAACCCUGUUUUUUUAAGGCAAUCAUGUUCUCCUCCACCAGUCUUACACACUGCUUUUGGAUAGCUUUAUGCUGCUUUACUCCUGGUGUAAAAAUUCAAGCAGUUCAGUUUGGUGGUUUGAUGGCUUGUGAUCAUCCAUCUUCCUCUUGAUUAUAUUCCAGAGGUUUUCAAUUUGGUAAAAUCAAAGAAACUCAUCUUUUUUAAGUGCUUUCUUAUUUUUUUCCUGAGCUGUAUAUUGCUGUAUAUUUUAACCCCUAAAAAAUUAUAAAAUCAUAAAAAAAAUAACACUUUUAUUUAGUAACCAAUCUUUUUUUUUAUGUUUAAAUGUUUUGUGACAGUUUGUGAAAAAAUUGUUUAAUAACCAAAAAAAGUGGUUUAUUACUUGAUGGCAUCAUCAUGCCAUAGUAGAAGAAAAUCAGAUCAGAUCAAAUAUAUAAUAAUAAUAAAUAUAUAAUAUAUAUAAUAUUAUACAUAAAUAUAUAAUAAUAAUACAUAAAAUACCAUAUAAAAUUCCCUUUUUGUAUUAAACUGCAAAAAUAUUUAAUAAUAAUAUUAUUGUUUAUUUUUUUAUUUUAAUUUAAGAUCGCCUGCACUGCGACUAUCACACGAACGCAUUGUAUGAUAAUGAUUCUGAAAUGAUAUGACAAUAUUGUGCAACCCUAGAGGCAGGCUCUAUAGCGCCCACUUGUGGCAGCACUCAGAAUGCAGCUUGCACUUUUAUUUAUUUAUUUUUGCACUGCGUUAUGAAAUUCGUAUGCUGUACAUCUCUAAAAUCUAAUCGUCUCCGUUCACGUCUUUAAGUGAAGUAAGUUUCGAGCCUUUUUUAAUACUAAUAAAGAACGAAAGUCCUUCAAUAACCUGAUGAUGCUUUGUGGAAACUGGUACCCAGAUGUUGCCUCACUCUUCCAGCUGUUCACUUUGGCUGACAUCAUGUUUCCCCUUUAUAUCUUUGAAUGUUUUAUUUUAAUAUAAAGACCAAUGCUGGAGCGCAAUGGAUGCACUACUGAUUUGGACCAAUUUAAUUGGCCCCUUCACGUCCAAUAAAGGCCUAAGGGCAGGAGCGUCCGAUCAAGUGUGGCUGCAGGUUUGAUUUACUGAUUAAUUAAUCAGUUACUUAUCACAUGUUAGGGCUACAUUAUAUUUAAAAAAAUGUGUUAAAAUGUUUAUUGGAAAUCCUGAUUUUGUGAAAAAACUAGGGAUGCACUGAUGUUGGAAUUCUGGGCCAAUGCUAAUAUCCUACUUUACACCUGUAUAUACAUAUAUAUAUAUAAUACAUAUUUAUAACUUACAGAGAGACUACGCUCCUUUUUUGUUACCUUAUUUGAUGAUUUUUGGGAUUCAAAAAUAACUUUAAAUCUUUUUUAUUUAAUGAACAAGUUAAACCUAUUGAAACCAAUAAAAAUAGAUACAAAUAUGCCCAAAUCAAUGAAUUUUAAAGUAGCCUGGUCGUUUUCCAGCUUACAAUAAAUAUAUCAGCAAGUAUAUAUUUGAAAUAUUGAUAUUGUACAAUAUCCAUAUAAUUUCGAUAUCAUCCUGCAUCCCUAAAGAGAAUAAGCCUGAUGAUUGAUUGGUUAGUUGGUGUUUGAUGGGAAUGGAAACCUGCAGUCAUGUGGAUGAUAUUAGACGCUCCUGUUCUCAGAGAAUUGUUUACAGUUUUAUGUUGUUUAGUUAAAAUAUGAUAUGAGUUUAUGUAGAGGAGACUCGGAGGCCUUAUGAUGUAAAACCUACUGACGAGCUUCUACAUACUGACCCAAACUGGCUAAAUCCAAUGUACUGACCCAAACCGGCUAAAUCCAACGUAUUGACCCAACGUACUGACCCAAACAAGCUAAACCCAACGUAUUGACCCCAAGUACUGACCCAAAUGGGCUAAACCCCAAACGUACUGACCCAAACAGGCUAAACCCCAAACGUACUGACCCAAACAGGCUAAACCCAACAAACUCACCCAAAGUACUGACCCAAAUGGGCUAAACCCCAAAUGUACUGACCCAAACAGGCUAAACCCCAAACGUACUGACCCAAACAGACUAAACCCAACAAACUCACCCAAAGUACUGACCCAAAUGGGCUAAACCCCAAACGUACUGACCCAAAUAGGCUAAACCCAAUGUACUGACCCAAAGUUCUGACCCAAUCAGACUAAAGACAAACAUACUGACCGAACGUACUGACCCAAAUAGGCUAAACCUUAACAUAAUGACCCAGCGUACCCCUAGUGGGCUAAACCCAACAUACUGACCCAAACAGGCUAAACUUCUAUGUACUGACCCAACGUUCUGUCCCAAAUGGGCUAAACCCCAAUGUAAUGACCCAAUGUUCUUCUACAAACAGGCUAAACCCCAACGAUCUGACCAAAACAGGCUAAACCCCAACGUACUGACCCAACGUUCUUUCCUAAUCAGGCGAAAUCCUAACAUUAUGACCCAGCGUACAGACCAAUCGGGCUAAACCACAAGGUAUUGACCCAAACAGGCUAAACCCAAACAUACUGACCCAAUGUACUGAUCCAAACGGGCUAAAUCCCAGUGUACUGACCCAAAUGGCUUAAACCCCAACGUACUGACCCUACGUACUGACCCAAGCGGGCCAAACUGGCUAAACCUCAACGAAUGUACUGACCACAUAUACUGACACAAGUGGGCUAAACCCCAAUGUACUGGCCCAAACCCUAUCAUACUGACUCAAUAUACUGGCCCAAACCUGUUAAACCCUAACAUACUAACCUAAUGCUGUGUUCCAUUUACCUCAGAAGUCUGAUGUCGGAGCUAAGAAUUAAACAUUCAGAUAAUUUUACACUGUUUCAAACAUUUAUCAGAAUUUGCAAUUUGCUGCAACUGAAUGGAAGAUCGUUGAUUGGUGUUGCACCAAAAUAUGUCCCAGAUCACUGAGUGCAUUUACACAAAUAUCCGGUAAUAAUCAGAUUGCUGCAGUUAUCUGAAUAUUUGAGUAGUCCUAUAUCAGCUUAAUCUAUACUCUUACUGAGAUCAGAGUAAGGUCUGAUUUUAAAAAAUCUGAUAAAAAGUUUUACAUGCUGUUUGUCUCAUUUCAUUCUGUGCUGGUUGCAAAGCAAAAAUCAGAUUAUUUCUCGUUAUCUGAUUACCCAAGUUCAGGAAUGUGUUCUGCAGUAAUCAGAUCGUGAAGUGCGUGUAAACACACUCAGUUAGCAUUGUUAGCUAUAUCAGUUCAUCAUACCAUAAUACUACUGCUCUACUACUGUUGAUGUAGAGGGCGGCCAUAUUGGAUUCUGAACAUUUGACUUGAAAUUUCUCGAUUUACUUUCAACUUCUGAGUUUAAAUGGAACACAGCAGCUGAAGAUUCAGAUACGAAUAAACUGACUCCUCCCACUCAUACUGCUAUUAAUAAUUACUGCUAUAUUUCUCCUUCAGGACCACAGUGCUGCUGACUGACUGCUUCACCGUUAGUGUUGAAUGUCCUCUAUAUAUAUAUGAUGAUAUAAAGGUCACUGGAGGUGUAGAGUUUUAUUUAAUUGUAUAUUUUUUGGCACUAGCUUUCAUUUUGAGCUGCUUAUCUAAACUGAACUGUUGCGUUUUUGCAGAAAGUUGAAGAAAACCUGGUGUUUUUUGUUAAUGAUUGUGAUGAUGUUGAGCUUACUGGUGAAAUUGUAACCUGGGGAUUAAGGGAAGAUUCAUCCUGUGUACUGUAUCACUGAGUUAACCGUGUCUGCUGUGCUGUUCCAUUUCCUUUCUCUUUAUUUUUUUAAGUUAAAUUAAAUCCGUCCUAAACGAAAAAAA